AUGCCUGCCUCUCCGACCCGAACCGCCACUCUUCUCUCCAACCUCGCCGCCGUCACCUCCCGCGUGUCUGCCGCCGCAACCAAGAGAGGAAGAGCUGAAGCCAAGCCGGUCCGCCUCAUCGCCGUGUCGAAGCUCAAGCCCGCCGCCGAUCUGCUCUCCCUACAUCAGCCUCCCACUUCGCACCUCCACUUCGGCGAAAACUAUUUUCAAGAGCUGCAAGAGAAGUCCAAGCUCUUACCACCUACCAUCAGGUGGCACUUCAUUGGCGGAUUGCAGUCUAACAAGUGCGUCGUGCUGGCAAGGGACGUGCGCGGACUCUGGGCCGUCGAGAGUGUAGAUUCGGAGAAAAAGGCUUCGCUGCUGGAUAAAGGGUGGGGGGACCGCUCGGCCGAAUUGCGCGCCUCGGAUUCCAUUGACCGGCUUCACGUGUUUGUGCAGGUGAAUACGUCCGGGGAGGAGAGCAAGUCCGGGGUCGAUCCCGGCGACGGUGCUGUAUCGCUAUGUCGCUUUAUCCGCGAGAAGUGCCCGCGCUUGAAGUUGCAGGGGCUCAUGACCAUUGGGGCCAUUGCGCGCUCCAAGGCCACGACCCCCGAGACGGAGAAUGAGGACUUUGUCUGCUUACGGAACACGCGCGAUCUAAUCGUUGACCAGUUAGGCCUGCAAUUUUCCGACGAUGCGCUAGAGUUGAGUAUGGGUAUGAGUGAGGAUUUCGAGAGCGCCAUUGCGUUAGGAAGUGACGAGGUCCGGGUAGGGACGACCAUUUUCGGGGGACGGCCACCCAAGGAUCAGGCGAGAGUCAUUUGA